AUGACCACUCUACUCUUUCGAGCUUUACAGAUCUCAAACGUGCUUUCUUUCCUUCUUGCGACUUCAGUAAACAUCUGGGGUCUCACAAGGUCGCCAAACAAUAUUGUGGACAUAUUCGAUCAAAACCCAACCUACUUUACACCUGUAAAGAUAUUUGUCUUAAUAUUCUGGGUUAUCUGGUUUUUGUCAUUUGUCACGUUCGUGUUCUAUGCACAAUGGAUCGAGGAAGUGACUAUAAUGGAAGUUGUCGGGAAAGGCGUUGGACUAUUAUUCGUGAUGAGUAAUGUGUUUCUGUAUGGAUGGGUUUGGUUUUGG